GUAAUAGACUCUUGGGAGAUUUUAAGUGUUCCCAGAACAAGCUGCAUUUUCUGUCAGAAGUAGGAGAUGAAUUCACCUCAAAGAGCUUCUCAGGUUACAACAGCAAAACAAUGUUUGCUCAAAAUACAAAACCAGUGCUCCUCAGGCCUCAAGCUGUAAACUCUCCUGCAUUAGUGACCUCCAGUGACCUGUUGUAGCAUUAGGACCUGGACAUCUUCGCCUUCCUUGGUGGAUUUCCUGCCGUUUGGAAUGGAAAACCUGUCAUCUUAAUACCAACUAAAAGACGUCUUCUAAGGGUAUCCAACUUCAACCUGAGCUGUGUUACCUGAACAACUAAAUGACGAGAGGAUCCCAUGGUGUAUGUUUUCUUUGCUAUUGAAAGCAUGGCCUUGUAACUUAAGUUAAUUUGUACCAAAAGAAGUCAUCACUGAGGAGGAGCUGCGUUUUUCCAAGAGGAAAAUACAAACAAAAGAACCAAAAACAUUGAAACUUUGAACUAAUUUGGAACUAUGGCAUCUCCAUCUCGUAACCCAGCGCCUGCCUUGGCUCCCAGAUUAAUCUUUCUUGUUGGGCUGCUGCUUAUCGGCCAAUGGGGGCCCUCAAGAGUUAGAUGCCAGAAUGACACUGAGCCGAUUGUGUUGGAGGGAAAGUGUCUGGUUGUGUGUGACUCCACUCCAUCAGCGGAGCCAUCAGGUAAUGCUCUGGGCAUGUCGGUGAGGUCGGGAACGGGUCGGGUAGCGUUUUCAGCUAUACGCAACACCAACCAUGAACCGUCUGAGAUGAGCAACCGCACCAUGACUAUCUACUUUGAUCAGAUUUUAGUGAACGUUGGUAGCCAUUUUGACCCAGCAACGAGCAUCUUUGUGGCACCCAGGAAAGGAGUCUACAGCUUCAGCUUUCAUGUCGUUAAAGUUUACAACCGGCAGACAAUACAAGUGAGCUUAGUUCUCAACGGCUGGCCGGUGAUCUCAGCUUUUGCCGGUGACCAGGAUGUGACGAGGGAAGCAGCCACCAAUGCAGGGCUGGUGUUGAUGGAGAGAGGGGACAAGGCUUACCUUAAACUGGAGAGGGGGAACUUGAUGGGUGGGUGGAAGUACUCCACCUUCUCUGGGUUUCUGGUGUUCCCCUUGUAGGGUUUGUAGAGGCAGGAUGUUGUAUAAAAUAAAGAUUGGUUUAUUUUCCAAAGCCAAUGGCGUAAGGGAGGAUGCAAUUACGUUGUAAUGUUAGGGUCCACCUUGAACUGCUUAUAAUGUGUAUUAGAUGAGUGGGUAAAUUAACUUUGCACCAAACAGUCUUGAAUGUAAUUUCAAUGAUCCUGCACUCGUGUGGCUUAUCAUCUGUUUCAUAAGCUUAAUGUAUCUUUAUGUGCUUGCUUUAAUCUGCUGUGAUCUCUUUUAUGCAUGAAAACCAAAUGUAGUACAUGUUUGUUGGCAAUAAAGAAAAAAACGCUG